CACAGCGGAGAGGGGACACCGAGCUGCCAGGCAGCGGUGGCUCAGCCUGGUGGGAUAAGCCUUGUUUUCUGCUCUGGUGGGAAGCCCAGUAAAAGCCCAACAGUAGCAAGAUGGGAUCUGCCUCCUCAACUUACCGGCCCAAGUGUAUUUAUUUGGAUAUUGAUGGAAGAAUUCAAAAGGUGAUCUUCAGUAAGUACUGCAACUCCAGGGAUAUCAUGGACCUCUUCUGCAUUGCAACAGGGUUACCAAGGAACACAACCAUCUCUCUCUUGACGGCAGAUAAUUGCAUGGUGUCCAUUGAUCCGACGAUGCCUGCAAACUCAGAGAGGUCUCCAUACAAAGUGAUACCUGUUGCUACUGGGCAGCUCUCAGAGAAAGAAGAAUUGUUCCAGAAUUUACUGGGACAGAUUGCCGAGCAGUUCUCAAGGGUUUUUAAAAUCAAUGAACUGAAAACGGAAGUAGCUAAUCACUUGGCAAUGCUGGAGAAAAAGGUGGAACUGGAAGGCCUGAAAGUUGUGGAGAUUGAGAAAUGCAAGAGCGAUAUUAAAAAGAUGAGGGAGGAAAUGGCAGCAAGAAGCAGCAGGACUACCUGUCCCUGCAAAUACAGCUUUUUGGAUGAAAACAAGAGGCCAACACCCCGGCGAGAUGUGCCGUCCUACCCAAAGUACAUGCUGUCCCAGGAGACCAUAGAAGCACUUCGGAAACCAACAUUUGAUGUCUGGUUGUGGGAGCCCAAUGAGAUGCUGAGCUGCUUGGAGCAUAUGUACCAUGAUCUUGGACUGGUCAAAGACUUCAACAUCAACCCCAUCACAUUAAAGAGGUGGUUGCUUUGCAUUCAUGACAACUACAGAAACAACCCGUUCCACAAUUUCCGGCACUGCUUUUGUGUGACCCAGAUGAUGUACAGCAUGAUCUCACUCUGCAAUCUUCAGGAGAAAUUUUCCCAAAUUGACAUCUUGAUUCUCAUGACGGCAGCAGUGUGCCACGACUUGGACCAUCCAGGCUAUAACAACACCUAUCAGAUAAAUGCACGAACGGAGCUGGCGGUACGCUACAAUGACAUCUCCCCACUGGAGAACCAUCACUGUGCUGUGGCUUUCCAGAUCAUUUCCCAGCCAGAAUACAACAUUUUCUCCAAUGUUGACCAGGACCAAUUCAAACAGAUAAGACAGGGGAUAAUUACAUUAAUUCUGGCUACCGACAUGGCGAGACAUGCGGAAAUACUGGACUCUUUCAAGGAAAAAAUGGAAAAUUUUGAUUACUCAAAUGAAGAACACAUGACCUGCCUGAAGAUGAUACUGAUAAAAUGCUGUGAUAUCUCCAAUGAAGUCCGCCCAAUGGAAGUCGCUGAGCCCUGGGUAGACUGCUUGCUAGAGGAAUAUUUUAUGCAGAGUGACCGAGAAAAAUCGGAGGGUCUUCCAGUGGCGCCUUUUAUGGACCGUGAUAAAGUAACCAAGCCAACCGCACAGAUCGGCUUCCUGAAGUUUGUUCUCAUCCCCAUGUUUGAGACAGUAACAAAGCUAUUCCCUGAAGUGGAGGAGAUGAUGCUUCAGCCCCUUUGGGAGUCCAGAGACCGCUAUGAGGAGUUAAAACAGAUAGAUGAUGCUAUGAAAGAGCUGCAGAAGAAGAAAAGUGACAGCCUGACCACCGGCACUACUGAAAAGUGAGAAGAAAAAGACUUUGAGCAAAAUGUUGCCCCUACAGUUAUUUUCUUCUUGAGAAACAUUGCAUUUGCCAAAUGGACGUGGCGGAAUCCAGCAGAAAUGACACUUGGGGUGAGGUGGCCAAGAUGGACACCAAGAUGGAUGCCCUUUCCAAGCGGUGCCACGCAGGCCAUGGCACAGCUCCUUCCCUGCUGGGUUUGCCUCUAUGGCCAGCACUGGGAACUGCUGUCUCCAGGGACGAAGUGGAGCUGAGCUAAGGAGCCGUUUCUGUUAAACAAACUGCUGGUGUCCAAAACAAAUGAAAACUUGUUUUAGUCAAGAUCCUGCACAUACCUGUACUGCAGUAUGCUAUUACAGCACAGCUUAACAGAUGCUUAUGUAAUGACAGGGGCCUGGCAGAUAAUUUUGUUUGCCAGGUAGGCCCUAAUAACACAUUUCUCUGUAUUAUCCUAUGAAUUUUAUAGUGUUCACAGUACAUUCAGAAGCCCAGCAUAGUGGAUGCAGUUUUCUUUUCUGCACUAGAAGUCAGAAGAAGCCUUCAUGGACUUACAGGUUUGCUUUGUGCCCAGCAGUGUCAGGGGUCCUUUGGCAUAAGCAAAGGGGAGCACCACACAGCACCACUGCGCAGGUUUUUAUCCUCAUGAAUGGAAUGCAAAAAGUGACAGCAUCAAGAAGAACCUUCAAAGAUGUACAGAUUUUUAUUUUAUUUUUUUUUUUUACUUUUAAACUGAUCUGCUAAAUAAUAUAUUCUUCUACAGAAA